CGAGAGAACCUGCCGCCUGCCUGCCGCCUGUGUGCUGCGCUGCUGGUUUGGGACUUGGACUCCACACUGCACACUACGCGCUACGCUACCUUCGCCCCUCUUCACCACACGGCACAACGCGGAAAGCAAGGCUCGCGGCGCCACGGCAACGCUGACGCUGAGGGCUGCUGCAGGAACCCUCCCCGGCCAAAGCUAUCGUAUCGCCCUCCUUCUCGCAGGGAGAGAGAGCCUCGCAACCAGACCCGACCUAGGGCUUCCGGACACUAGCGGAAGCGGAGAGGACGGCACAACAAAGCGCGAGCCGCGAUCACCCCUCCCACCACACCCUCCGCGGCACACAACCAGCCAGCACCAACCACCCCGAACCAACAACAACAACAACCACAACAGAAAACAACCAAACGAAAUGCAGCUUUCGAAAAUACUAUCGCUGGCGGCAUUGGUGCUGGGGUGCGUGGUGCUGGGCAGCCGGGCGGACCCGCAGGCAAACCAGGCGGCGGCGGACCCAUCGAAGGCGAACCGGAACAGUCUGCUGCUGCGGCGGAACAACGUCGGACGGCCGCUGGGAAGAACGACCGCGACGACCACCACCACGACGACUGCGUCGCCCGACUAUGCAGAGGACGAGUACGCCGACAACUACGACGAGGGCAAGGGAGAUCAGGGCGAUGGUGGCGAAGAAGAUGCGGCAGAUGGUGGUGGUGGUGGCAAGCAGGCGACGACCACGACGACGACGACCGAGGCGCCCAAAAAGAUCCGGCCCAGCAUUCGCCCGUUCCGGAGCAACGACGAUCUGUUGAGCGCGCUCAAGAAGCGGCGCGAGGAGUCGAAGAACAGCAAACCGGCCGCCGCGCUGCCGAAGGAGAAGGUGUACGACGGCGACGAGGCGCCGGCCGUAGCGGCCGCGCCCAUCGCCAAGCCCGCGAAAGCUCCCGCAAUCGGUAAAAUUGCAGAUAAUAUAGUAUUUUCCUUCACGAAACCAUCGAACAAGCGGCGCUUCGGGAACGGUGCGACCGGACGGAAGGAUACGGCCGGGGAGCCGGCAUCGGGCGACACGGCGCACGGCCAGGGACCGGACCAGGGAGACGACGGCAGUAGCAGCGGUGGCGGUAGUGCGGCCUCCAAGUCGUUGAUCGGGCGCCUCGGUCGAUCGCGGUUCGCGCUGAAGCAGUGAGUGGGCUGAAACGAGGCAGUAGGCAGUAGUAGGUAGGAAGUAGGCAAGUGACAAAGGCAAGACAGACGUGUGCAACUUACUGUGUGUGUGGCGCGUGACAGGGAGACCCGGAUCAGCUCCAGGAUCUUCGUUCGGAUCAGCGGUUCGUCAAGGGAUCAUCCGCGGCGGAGGGAACCGUGCGCGCCGCUUGGUGCCACCGCGGCCCCGAUGUGUCCACCAGCCUGUCAUCCCGCUCUUCUCCACUCCUAGACCCCCCUCCCCCACCACCAAACCUUCCCUUUCCCACCACUACACACGCGGUUCAGCUUCAGCAGCCACCAACUUCCGUUCCGACUUCUUACUCGGUGUAUUUUAAAAUAUCAGUUUAUUUUAUUCUCCGGUGGAAAUAAAAUGUACGAUUCCGU